GGAAGGUGUCCGCGUGCAGCGCCUAUGACAGCUGCUGGGCAGCGUCGGAGGCAGCAGCUGCGAACAACUAUAACACGGCCGUGAGCAUUUCCAACGACCUGAAGACCCAGUGGAAUGCGCUGAAGCGCAUUCAAUGCCUUCUGGAUGUGCUUGUGCUUUCAACGUCGGGAGAUCAAACUGCAGCUUUGACCGAGUGUAUCCAGAAGAGUCACAGCACCGAUGCCCUCACCAUCGUGAAGCCUCAAGUGCCCGGCAAGGAGACUUGCGUCACUGGGGCGAAGCCGGAGGGCUGCAUCCUCUAA